AUGUUUGUGAAGCCAUCUGAUACAGAUAAGCAAUCAAAAAUCAACUUUCGAAUAAUUCCUGAAGUCCAGUCAACCUGUAAUGAAGAUUGUCUGAAACCUUUCCUGCUCUCAUUGAGGGCAAGCUUUGUCUCGGGUAACAAUUAUGAACGACUGGUGAAUACUUGUGAAAAACUUCGGGAAGUAUAUAACUGCGUGGAUCGUAAGAAAAAGUGUCAAAUGAAUCAUUUUUUUGAGAUACUGAUGGAUGGCGUAAAAUACAUGUGCAUCGAACAUCCUGCUGAUUGCAAACAUUCAUGCAGGGCUCACAAGAUAAUGACUGGUUGGUUUAUUUAUUUAGCCAUGCGAUCUACCACACUUUUUCGGCCAGGAAUAAAAGGUUCUCCACCACGUGUUAACCCCUUUUUCUUCCGUAAAAUCACUACUGAGGCAUGCUCAAUAUUAGAAUGUUACUUUUUUUGCUUAAAAGCAAAAUAUAAUUCACGGUGUUAUGGAAUUGGAGGUAGCAUGCUUAUGGAAGUGAUAGCAAGACCGUUGUUUCAAAUGCAUAAUUCGAUGGUACUCGGUCCUAUAUGGAAUAUUUUGAGAAUAAUGAUGCCUUCAAGAUGCAAUUUCUUGCUAACAGAUUCAGGACUUGCUUGGCACAGAAUCGAUGAAAAGCUUGAUCAUGACUUAAGAGAAUUUUAUAAGAAUCGAACCGAACCUUUAGUUAAAUUUCGCUAUCUGGUAGUGUUUAAUGAUAAUUUUUAAUA